AUGAAGGUGAAGAAUGGAGCUCCUCCAAAGAAAAAGAAACGUGGCCAGUUUCUCAUCCUCCACUAUAGUCAGGUUCCUUCUGAUUACACUGGGCUGUCUCCUUCAGGAUCCUCUCUGAAGGGAUUUGCUGGACUCCCACAUGAUUCCCCUCCAAACUCCUGGCUCACACCCAACAACUACCGGAACUAUCUGGCCUUCGCUUUUGCCAUAGAAGAGAUCAACAGGAAUCCUCAUCUUCUGCCCAACAUUACUCUGGGCUAUGAGUUUCACAAUUUCAUUUACAGUCAUUGGAGGAUACUAGAGAAUUCCUUCAUUUUGCUCACAGAACAACAUGAAUUCCCUAAUUACACGUGUAGAAGAGAAAGCAAAUGUGCAGUUACUUUUGGCUCAUUUGAUCCUACACUGAUGGACACUGGCCAGCGUCCUUCUCUCCAUCAGAUGGCCCCAAAGGACACAUUUCUGGCCCUUUCCAUGGUGUCCUUGAUGCUUCACUUUCACUGGACCUGGGUGGGCCUGCUCAUCACAGAAGGCCAGAAGGGUCUUCAGUUUCUCUCAGAUGUAAGAGCUGAGAUGGACAGGAACGGAAUCUGUGUGGCCUUUGUGAAAAUGGAAGCUACCCCUUUCAAAUACCCUGAAGACACUUACCUUGUUGUGUACUGGUACAAGAAUUUUGAUUGCUCAUUUUCUAAGUCAGACUGUGCCUUGAAGAACUGUACCACUAAUGACUCUAUGGCUCGGUUGCCUCCAAAUCGUUUUGACAUAGACAUCAGUGAUCGCAGUUAUAAUAUAUACAGUGCUGUGUAUGCUGUAGCCCAUGCUUUCGAUGCAAUGCUUGUUGAAGAAUUACAAAGGCAACCUUUGAGAAAUACACAAGUGAUGACUUUUCACCCCUGGCAGUUGCAUCCCUUUCUGAGGAGUGUCCAAUUUAACAAUCCUACUGGAGACAAGGCAAACUCGGAUUACAGAAGGAAACUGGAUUCUGAAUAUGACAUUCUCAAUUUUUGGAAUUUUCCAGACGGCCUGAGACUUAAAGUUAAACUGGGCACAUUUUCUUCACAUGCUCCCCACGGGAAAAAAUUGAUUUUUUCUGAAAAUAGCAUAGACUGGGCCAUUGGAGUCACAGAAGUUCCCCACUCAGUCUGCAGUGACAGUUACAAUCCUGGAUUUAGAAAAAGCUCUCAGGAGGGAAAGGCUGCCUGCUGUUUUGAUUGCACCCCUUGUGCAGAAAACGAGAUCACCAAUGACACAGAUAUGGAGCACUGUGUGAAGUGUUCACAACAUCAAUAUGUGAAUACUCAGAGAAAUCAUUGCCUGCAAAAGGCUGUGAAUUUUCUGGCCUAUGACAGUCCUUUGGGCAAAGCUCUGGCUUGCACUGCCCUGAGUCUCACGCUACUCACAGCUGUUGUUCUUCGGCUCUUUGUGAAGCACCGAGACACUCCCAUUGUCAAGGCUAGCAACAGGGCUCUCAGCUACACCCUGCUUUCUCUCACCUGCUGUUUCUUCUGCUCCUUGCUCUUCACUGGCCAGCCCAACACAGCCACCUGCAUCCUGGAGCAGACCACAUUUGGACUUGUAUUCACUGUGGCUGUUUCCACUGUCUUAGCCAAAACCGCUACUGUGGUGCUGGCCUUUAAGGCCACUGCUCCAGGCAGGAGGAUGAGGCAGUUGUUGGUGUCAGGGGCACCAAAUCAUAUCAUCCCAUUUUCUCUGAUUCAACUCACUCUUUGUGGAAUCUGGAUGGGGACAAAUCCACCCUACAUUGACACAGAUGCUCACUCUGAGCAUGGCCACAUCAUCAUCAUGUGCAACAAGGGCUCCCUCACUGCCUUCUAUUGUGUCUUGGGAUACCUGGGCUCCCUGGCCCUGGUGAGCUUCACUGUGGCUUUCCUGGCAAGGAAUCUGCCUGACACCUUCAAUGAAGCCAAGUUCCUGACGUUCAGCUGCAGCGUAUGGAUCACAUUCCUGCCUGUAUACCACAGCAACAAGGGGAAAGUCUUGGUGGCCAUGGAGGUCUUUGCUAUCUUGGCUUCAAGCGCAGGGUUGCUGGGCUGCAUCUUUGUCCCCAAGUGCUACAUUAUUUUCUUAAGACCAGAGAGAAAUUCUUCAAAGGAUAGUAAACAAUUCUCUAUCACACAGAAAAUCAGAAAAAGCAGGGGUAGCUAUCCUGGUUGGAACAUUAUCCACUUCAAGCCAAAAAUCAUCCAAAGAACCGGUGCAACCACUCUGGAAAUGAGCGUGGAGAUUCCUCAAGGGACAGGAAUACUUGUUCCAUUUAUCCCAGCUAUUCCUGUGAUUGGUAUCUUCCCUUAA